AUGGCAGACCCGGCAGAAGAGAAUCAAGGCGCUACUGGCUUCUUGCAGAUGCCUGUGGAGAUCACAGAGCGGAUUGCGAAGUUCUGUGACAUCGGGGAUCUACUCACGCUUCGCCUCGUCAACCGAGAGGUAGAGUCGAAGAUUAUUCGUGCAUACACCGAAGCACACUUCGUCCAACCCGCGUUCUUGCUCAGUCAAGAGCGCAGUCUACAGGCGCUUCAGCAGAUAGUCGGACAUCCCCAAUUCGGAAAGGCCAUCAAGGGACUAUACUUCUCCACAGCUGAACUACCAGACUUCGAUGACUGGGAAAGAUACAAGAUGCCGAUCUCGAGUCAACUUAGCUUGAGUGAGCAGUACAAGUGCGACGCCAGAGAGCAGAUGUACCGCCUUCUUUAUGAGCGUCAAAAGGAAUUCUCGGGCAGCGACAGAGCCAUCGAUCUUCUCACAAGGAUAUUCUCGGUUCUGGUGAUGUCUCACGACGGUCAGCUGGGAUUCUUUGUGAUGAACACCACCAACUCGUUCUACUCAGUAUGCGAGAGUGCGAUCGAAGACGCAACAGGCGAAACACUGACUGAGACACUCCAUCCUGAGAAGCCACUGAAACCCAUCGUGCAAGCUCUUCACAGGAGCGGGCUGUCUAUCCAUACUCUCGGCGUUGAGUACAGAGACUGGGUGGGGUUUCUCCAGAGUCUUGCGUCUAGCGAAGCUCUCGACCAUGCCAAAGGCGUGUUUGCCAAUCUGAAACGUUUCGAGCUAGAAAGACUGCACGAGGACGGGGACGAGGAGAUGGUGUUCAUGCUCCGACGUACACCAGCCAGAGUAAAAGUGUUUGCUGCUGCACAGGCCCUUGAGAGAGCUGAGCUCUCUACUUCCUGGUCCCACUACGAGAGAGGACAGACUGGCGAAGCCUCGAAUAUCGCUGCAAUGUUCCCUGCUCCAGUAUACCCUGCAUUGAGCUAUUUACAACUCGUCGGCCUCGUGCUUUACUUCGAGGCGCUCGUCCACUUCAUCAGCCAGAACGAAACGCUACAAAACAUUGUGAUCCGAAGGUCACAUUUCCUUGACGAAUUCAACCAACAUCCACCCCCAAAUGAGAUCUCGCAGCAUGAUCAGGCUCUGGUGGCGUUGUUGCGGGAGACUGCUGGGCAACGAGACUAUCGAUUGAAUAAGUGCACUGUGCGGGAGUGGGAAGAGGACAUGACUUUGUGGACAUGA